CAGACCAUCGGAAACGCAUUGCCGGCCCAUGCAUGGUGUGUAUGUGUGUGCAGACUAUCUAGCUUGCAAAAAGUGUUUAGUACAAGUAAGUUUAGGUGACUACACACGGUGUAUGCUGUUCUAGGUUAUUAAUCCGAAGACUUUUAACCAUCAGAAAUUGGCCGUUUUGAACAAGACUAUCACAUUUUUGAGGUGCACUUGUCGUCAUAAUGCAUAGCAUCCAAGAGGAGUUUGAUGAAUGUGAGAGGAACGGUACAUGGAGAGUAGAAUUUCAAAAAAUUAAUAUUGCAAGUCACCAGUUCGAGUACAGUACCACGGAGGCAAAGAAGGAAGCUAAUAAACCAUACAACAGAUACAGAGACGUCAGUCCGUACAACCACAGUCGAAUAAUUCUUAACAAAGGAACAUCUGACUACAUCAACGCUAGUUUGGUCAAAGAUGAAAAAGCACAUCGCAGAUACAUACUUGCUCAGGGUCCGCUACCGAAGACGAUCAGUCAUUUUUGGCAAAUGGUCUGGGAACAGGAUAGUAAAGUAGUCAUCAUGCUCAACAAUAUCAUCGAAAAAGGAACGACAAAAUGUGCCGAGUACUUCCCCAUUAAUCAGAAAGUGACGAUACCUUGUGAAGAGUCAUCCCUACUAGUGAGCCUGCUGAGAGAAGAUGAACAUUCUUUUUAUACCGUCCGAACCCUGGAGCUCAAAAACAGAAAAACCAACGAAACGAAAGAAGUCCUCCAAUAUCACUAUACAAAGUGGCCAGACUUCGGCGUACCAAAGUCACCAGAGGCCUUUUUGAAAUUCCUCCAUCACGUCAGGCAAACGGGGUCACUGGCAGAUAACGUGGGUCCCCCUGUCAUCCACUGUAGUGCUGGCAUUGGAAGGUCUGGUACAUUCUGCUUGGUAGAUACAUGUUUAGUAUUGAUUGAAAAGAAUGGACACACGAACGGGCUCAGCGUUAAAGAAAUCUUACUGGAAAUGAGAAGAUGCAGAAUGGGUUUAAUACAAACACAUGAUCAGCUUCGGUUUAGCUACCUCGCUAUACUAGCUGGUGCUAAAGCUAUACUAGAAAGCAAUGGACUUGGAUCGUUAGUAUUGGAGGAUGGGGAACACGAAACCCUGCCUCCUCCCUUACCAAGGAAAAUAAAGCGUCCUCACUCACCGGAGGAGCAAGAUGGGAACGAUGCCAAAGCACAGAGACAAGACGAUAGCAAUGAUGUCAAAGCACACAGUAAUGACAGUAAUCCUGGUGCUAGUACGGAGACGGAGCUGAGACGGCGGAACCGGGAAGAGCGAACCAAAUCCAUGAAAGACAAAGUGGAGGACAUGAGAAGUAAGCAGAAGAAGAGUGAAUGGUGGCAAAGACACAGGUCCAUCUUCCGCUACCUAGGGCUAGGGCUGGGGUUGGGGUUAGGGGUCUGUACUUUCUUCUUGUAUCGUUGGUUCUACAGAGGGAAUGUCCCAUCCGUUCCCUUUGCUGAUCCCCUUGCUGUUACUCUCGGGGACUAAUGAGAAAAGGUUGUCUUUAAUCCCUCUGGGGGUAGAUUCCUCCUCCUCCAGCCUGUCUCAUUGAUUGUUCUUAGAAUAUCGUCCAGGUGGUUAGUUUGCGUUGGUGAAUGUAUCUGAGCAGUACAAUGUCAUUCUGCGUGUAGUUACUGUACCAGUAAACACAGGCAGUUGUGUGGUUUUGAAUGAUGGAACAGUUUGACUAUAGUUAAAAAGGUUACUGGUGGUUUGCUUAAGUUGUGUGGUAUUGGAGGUGCUUUCUGUUGUAUUUGCUAUCAACUUUAAGAUACAUCUCCUUGGCAUGUCACUUCCUUGCAAGAUACUGUCUUCAAGAUGCACUGAAUGAACUUUCCGUGAUGAUCCCUUUAUUGUUUAUAAAUGUAUCCCUUUCUCUCAGCGAUAUUCUGUUUUCAACCACCAAAGAGGCCACCAAUAUUCUUUGGGUUUAUAUUUGUCGUAGUUUUGUUGGUGUUUUUAACCCCCCCCCUCUGCAAGUUUGGGUUGUGGAUAUGGCCAUUCUUUAUGAAGUUUAGGUUCAUUUGUAACACUCAGCGACUCACGUUACAAACUAUACUGGUUUUAUGGAUGCAGUGAGCUUGUGAAUGCAGGGAAACACCCCAUGUUGUUCUACCCUUGUUAGGACCACUAAAGCCCCGGUUCAUACUUCCAGCGAAUCCGAAUGCGAAGCGAAUUUUGGUGACGCAACAAUCGGUAUGCGCUCUUUCUCCCUUUGUCAUGCAGUGAAAUUCGCAUCGCAAUAAGCAUUCGCAGGAAGUAUGAACCGGGCUAUUGGUUGUCUUCAUGGAGCCAAAAAGAUUUCACAUCAUUAAGGUGCAGGAAUUAUGUCGGUUUACCUGUUGCUAUAAGACAUCAAAAUGGAAUAUGCAAAAAUAUGCAGAUACACACCUGCUUCAAAGGCGUUUGAGUUCAGCUGUGUUGGAUUCAAGUUGUGGGAAUCCAUCAUAAGGAGGUUUUUUGGUAGCACCAUGGAGCGAUCUCUGUUAUGAGUGGUGUUGGUUCUGAAACGGGCCAGUGGUUUGGAGCCAGUUUGCUGGUCUUAGCGUUAGCUUUUAAUGACCUCAAGUUACGUAUAUAUAAUCGAUUAGCUCAGGCAAAAAGUAUGAAGUAUUUGCACACAGUAGACACUUAUAGAAAGUUUCAACCUCCAGAAGAAUAUAUAUAUAUAUCUAUAUAUAUAGAUGAUUUUCUUUUGAUACUUAAACACAAAUAAUGAUAAGUUGGUGAAGUGUAAAUAAUACUGUAUAUACCGAUUUGUUUUAAAAGAGGAAAGUACUAGCUGUGCUGUGGAGAUUUGAGGCCCAUCGCUUGGAUUGUUCACAUCGUUAUUUCUUUAGCUACUCCCGUACCCGAGAAUCCUUACAUAGAAAUUGGCAAACUAAAAGGCCAUCCACUGGUUUUGCUGUCAAUUUAAAGGAACCCUAUCAAGACUGUACCAGUCUCCUCUUUCAAAAUCUUUGUCCCUGAUGUUGGAAUCGGUUCAGUUUAGCAAAUUCAUCAUGGAAAAAUCAAACCGCUGUAAAAAGUUGUGCAUGCUACAACCCUUUUACUCAAGCCUCGCUAGGUAAACUUCUUAUUCCCGCUCUGUCUUUUAUGUCCCUGGCACAAAAGCAACACAUCAGUCAACAGCCGCACUUUUUUUCUAGAUUGAACACAGCAAUUCCAGCUACAAUGUAAUUCAAUUCGAAUUCUUGUACAAACAUUUGCAAAGUUGCAAAGUUCAUUCAUCUAAAGUUGGACUUGUAGUGCUUAAUUCACAAUAAUAUGGUGGUGUGAAGGUUUACACCAUUGGUAAUGACUACAAUUCCGGCACUAAGGGGCACCAA